AUGGACAAGGAGGCCGUCGGCGCCGGCCCGCCGGUAGACUGCGCGUCCCCCUCUUCCGCACCUCCGCCGGCGCCUCCCCGCCUCACGCCCAACCCCACGCUGCUGCAGGACGCGCCCCCGCCGACGCCCGUCACGGCCUCUCCGCCGCCCCCGCUUACUCCCGCCCCCAAGAUGGCGGUGGCGAGGACUGCCUCUCCCCACGUCCCGGCGCCCCCUAAGCUGAGCUCCGCGGCGAGCCCCGCCCUUCACACGUACGCCCGCCCCAUCCUGCCCUGCGCGUCCUCCGCCGCGCUGACCAACGGGAGCGCGAGGAGCGUUUCGGCACCCGCCUCCGGCACCAUCACGCCCUUCCACACGCCCGCCAGUCCACCCGGAAGACAGGUGGCGCAGCCUCACCCGACCAAUCCGAGCCCUCCCGCCUGCGUCGCCAGGCAGACGGCCUCCCAGCAGGCUUUGCUCCUGGGAAAAGUUCUCAAAGGGGCGGGCCAAGAGCAAGUGCUGCUCCGAGCUCAGAUGCUGAUUCUCACCUCUGCUAUGCGAGGCGGUCCCUCCUCUUCCUCCUCCUCCUCUCGCUCCUCCCCCCCUUCCGCCUCGGCUCAGCUCCAGAAUGCGCCGUCACCGGUCGGCGCCCUCGCCGGGGGCCCCCCGUCUUUGCGCCCGAAGCCCCCCGUCCCGGUCCCGCCUCGGCCGUGCCGCCCGCAAACGGCACUCUUCCCUCCUUUGCGCCCGCGUCCCCGGGCCGAGGUCCGGGCCGCGCCGGUUCGCCACCUGCCGGUGCCUCCGCCAACGCUGUACUCGCCGGUGCGAGCGCUACCCCUCCGGCCCAAACUUCAGUCGUCGUCCCCGCGGGUGCCCGCCCCUCUCCGACCCCGCGCCGCCGCUCCGCCCCCGGAGACGGCGCCGUCCGCCUCGGCGCAGCUUCAGAUUAUUGCUUUGGCUUCGGCGCGCCCCCCGCUCGGACCGGAAGCGCCCGUCCUCCCUCGGCGUCCCGCGUCGCCUCCGGCCGCGGAGAGCCGCGCCCCGUCGGAAGCCGUUAAAGACCGCGUCGCUCGAAACGAGCAAAAACGCGAAACCGACGGGACGGAGGCGGACCAGCUCCGGGGGCUCCUCCCGACAGUGGCGACGGAAGAAGGACGUCCCGACUUACCGGACCGAGAAGGAGAUGAGGACGAAGCGCCGUCGGGCGGUGGAGAUGCCCCGGCGCGAGCGCCGUCGGGCGGCGGGGACGCCCCGGCGCCAGCGUCGUCGACGCUUCCUAAGGAGCCACUCCCUGAGCUCGAUCCGGUCCCGACUCCGGAACUUUGUCACAUUGAGCCGGCGCCGGAGGCUCCGGAACGAAAGAAGAGCCGGGAGGAGGAGACCCUCGAUGACGACCACGAUCGCGCGGCCGCUCCGUCCGGCGACCGUUCAGCCUCGUCCAGCUUGUCUUCUCCGCCCGUGUCGCCGUCCGCCGCCCUCAACCUCAGUCGACGGCGGCCGGCCGCCGAGGAAGACGAGCGGCGAGCGAGCGGGUCCUGGGAGGCGGGCGCCUGGCCCGAAGGUCGCGACGUCCUGACUCACCUGGUGGAAGGUUUCGUCAUUCAGGAAGGACUCGCGCCCUUUCCCGUGAACCGUUCAUCGCUUUUGCUCCCACAGCCGUCGUCACCGCCGCCGCCGCCACAGACGGUCAACGGGAACAAUGGCGAGGCAGGCGAGACGACGGCAGCCGCGGAACUUUCUGAACAUUCCGCGGACUCGCAGGACGACGACAAAGACCCGCGACGACAAGCCGACCGCGGUUCCCGGCGGGACCGAGGCGUCCUUCACUGCCAGUUCUGCGGCAAGCGAGGCCACGCCCACAACUUCAUGCGCUCCAAACGCUUCUGCUCCACGUCCUGCGCCCGAGGGUUCAACGUCCGCCUCACCAAGCGCUUGCGAGCGCUGAGCGCCGGCGCCGUCCGUGCGGAAAAGCCCCGACCCGUUCUCAACAGGGCGCGAUCCGUCCCGGGGAAGCCGCUCCUGCUCAGACUGCCCCGAGACCUCUGGAGCGCCGGACGCCGGGAGAAUGACGAGAAGGCGGCGGCGGCGGCGACGGCUGAGCCGGAAGAAGAGGACGAGGUCAUGGAGGCGGCGGGAGUGGAGGAGGAGGAGGACGACGACGAGCCUGCGAUCACGGAGAGUCCGGUGACGGCGGCCACGCCCACGAGCACCGUCCAGACGGAACCCUCUCAGUGGACCGUCGAACAAGUCACCGCGUUCAUCCAAGCGCUGCCGGGCUGCGGCGGAGGCGAAGUUUCGUCGUCUUUCCGCCUUCAGGAGAUCGACGGGCAAGCGUUGCUGCUGUUGACUGAAGAACAUCUAAUGAGCAGCAUGAACAUCAAAUUGGGCCCCGCCCUCAAAAUCUGCGCGCACAUCAACGCGCUCAAGCACCCUUAA